AUGAAAUUUAAAGAUGGCUGGCGAUCGGUUGUACCUAUUCACACACGAGGCGAAUCUUCCAGUGGAUUCUGUGUUUUUCCGAAAGUUAAGUCGGCAGAUCACAGCCCCGGGACAGGUGGCGAAUCUGGUACGGGAUUCUGUGUUUAUCCGAAAGUUAAGUCGCCAGAUCACAGUUCCGAGAGCUUUCCUGUUUAUCUCAAUGUGUAUGAUUUAACUCCCAUUAAUGGCUACCUUUAUUGGGCUGGAGUUGGCGUAUUUCACACUGGGGUCGAAGUGCACGGUGUUGAAUAUGCUUUUGGGGCUCACGAGUACCCCACAAGUGGGGUGUUUGAAAUCGACCCAAAACAAUGCCCUGGAUUUAGAUUCCGGAAGUCGAUUUUCAUUGGUACAACACAUUUGAAACGUGACCAAGUUCGGGAAUUUAUGGAGCACCAAUCUGUGAACUACAAUGGCAACACGUAUCAUCUGGUCGUUAAGAAUUGCAACCAUUUUUGUGAGGAUAUGUGCUAUAAGCUAACGGGAAAUCGCAUUCCAAAAUGGGUGAAUCGGCUAGCACGGAUAGGUUCAGUGUGCAAUUUUAUUCUUCCGGAGGCCCUCAAAACGACCAAAGUACGUCACGAUGCGAAUUGUCGAGACCCGGAUUGUGAGAGGAAUAGUUUGAGGAGAUCUCUAAGCUGCUUCUCUUCGAUUUCUAUGCACCACAGAAAUCGAGAAGUGUCGAUGUCAUCUUUGUUCCUACACACUCACUACAAAGGCGAUCCAAUAAUCGUUCUCCAUGGAAUCGACGAGGGAGAAGAGGAAUAUCUUCCGGAGGAUGAUUUACUAAAUUACUGCCGGCAUAAGAGGGUUUCGGCGUUGCCAUGA